CUUUACUCUCGAUACAAUCAACAUGCAUUCGCUACCAAGGCAAAUCCGGCCUUUAUACGCGUCACUUUUGCAAUUAAAACAUAAAACUCAAAUACAAUUGCCUUCUCAACGCCUAUUGGCAGGAUGGACGCGUUCUUUCCACGCCGGCACGAGCCUGAGAGUGCUGGAACUCGCUUUCGACUACCAUGAGAACGGAGGGAAGGUGACAGGCGCCCCAAUUGUAUUUCUUCACGGAUUAUUUGGGAGCAAGAGGAACAAUCGUAGUAUGAGCAAAGCUCUAGCCCGCGAUCUAUCUCGUCCCGUAUACGCCAUCGACCUCCGAAACCACGGUGACUCGCCUCACCACAGAAUCCAUAACUAUACCGCUCUCGCUGAAGACACCGAAAACUUCCUUCAACAACACAAUCUCAAGGAUGUAACGCUAAUUGGUCAUUCCAUGGGCGCGAAAACGGUAAUGACAAUGGCACUGAGAGAUCCGGAUUGUUGCGCGAACAUUAUCGCAGUAGACAAUGCGCCCGUGGACGCGGCGCUCACUAGUGACUUCCCGAGAUAUGUUGAAGGAAUGAGGCGGGUUGAGGAAGCAAAGCUGAUGGACUUAAAGGAGGCGGACGAAAUGCUCGAGCCGUAUGCGAAGGACCUUCCCGUCCGCCAAUUCCUCCUCACAAACCUCAUCCGCCCCUCACCCUCCGACCCGCUGAAAUUCCGCAUCCCCGUACGCACGCUCGCGAAUGCGCUCGACGACAUGGCUGACUUUCCCUUCACCAAUCCCGAUGCGCAGCGGUUUAACAAGCCAGCGUUAUUCGUGCGAGGGACGAGGAGUCAUUAUGUCACCGAUGAGACGCUGCCGAUAAUUGGGAGAUUUUUCCCUAGAUUUGAAUUGGUUGAUAUAGAAGCGGGGCAUUGGGUCGUUAGUGAGAGCCCAGAGGCAUUUCGUCAAGCGGUUGUUGAGUUCUUACAAGCCAAAGAAUAGAUUAACCAUAGACUUUCAC